ACCACACCACACCACGGCACACACCACACCACACCACUCCACACCACACAGCAGCUCACUCAGCACUCACGACACAACACACUCUCUCACUACUCUCAAAACCAUGAUGGGUUGACCCUGGCCUGGAUACACACACACACACACAGCACACACACACACACAGCACACACACACACACACACAGCACACACAGUUUUCAAGGGAUAAAGGACUGGACUUAGACUAAACAAACUGAAAAAAGAAGAAAAAAAGAAACUCAGUAUGGAGCCCGGCAUGGACGGCAAGAAAGUGCUUCACUUUGUGCCAUGUGAAGCUCCAGCCUCAGGGAGAUCUAAAAAUGGAUACCUCUUUCAGGAAAUGGAACUUCAUGAUGAGGAUGGAGGCAAAAAUGGACAGCAGGGUUCACCCAGCCCCACGUCUGACUUCACGCACACCUUUGACAACCAGUAUGACCUGAGCAUCUCAGAUUGUGAUGAAUCAGGAUUUGGUCUCCUGAACACAUCAAGAAAAUAUGUGAAACUGAUGAACUUCGGGGAGGAGGUGCGUGCCCUGAGGGACGUGGACGGCUUCCUGGCGCAGGCCUCCAUCCUGCUGGACGAGAAGGCGGCGUCGCUGGACGGGGUGCUGCGCUGCAUGCUGCAGCACAUGGCCGACGAGGGGCAGGCCAGCUGUAACAUGGACGACGUGCUCGCCAGGAUCUUCACCGACGCCGGCGGAAAGGGGGCUAAUGUGCACCUGCUCACAGAGACCAUCCAGGGGGUGACAGCCACGGCCACUGGGGUGCGGUACCAGCAGUCCUGGCUCUGCGUCCUCUGCACGGUGAAGAGUCUGCAGAGGCGGUGUGUGUGCAUCGCGCGGCUGGAGAGGCAACAGAACUGGGGGGUGAACUGCGCUGAGGUCCGCUAUGUCAUCCUCAUCCUCGCCCCACCCAGAACGAAAAGCACCAAGACGGCCAUCGAGCUGGGCCGUACCUUCGCCACCAUGUUCUCGGACAUCUCCUUCCGGCAGAAGCUGCUGGAGGCCAAGAGCCAGGAGGAGUUCAAGCAGGAGCUGGUGGCCCAGCGGCAGCAGCUGUCCCUGCCAGCCAAGAAGCUCAGCGCGGAGGACAUGCAGCUACAGUCACGCGACCAGCCUCUCAAGUUCACAGAUUUCCUGCGUGCUGGCCGUGGUAUAUAUGAAGACGUGUCUCGCAGACUGCCUCACUAUGUAACAGACUACACAGAUGGUAUGUGGGGCAGCAACAGGUCGUGGUUGAAGUACACCACCACCGCCAUCUUCCUCUACAUCUCCAUCAUGCUGCCCGCCAUCGCCUUCGGCUCGCUAAACGACGAGAGCACACGAGGAGAGAUUGAUGUCCAGAAGACCAUCAUCGGCCAGUGCAUUGGAGGGAUCAUCUACGCCCUCUUCGCAGGGGCUCCUAUGGUCCUCCCCCUGACCACCGCUCCCCUCUCCAUUUAUAUUAGCGUGAUCCGUGGUAUUUGCGACGAUUACGACCUGGAUUUCCCGGCCUUCUACGCCUGCGUCGGCCUGUGGAACAGCCUCUUCCUCAUCCUGUCGGGAGUCUUCAAUGUCAGCCUGUUCAUGAAGCUCUUCAGAAGGUCGAUAGAGGAGAUAUUCGCCAUGUUCAUUGCCAUUGCUUUCAUUGGCGAUUCAGUGAAAGGCACAGUGAAGACCUUCCAGAAGUACUACCACGCCCCUGAGCUGGUGGUUGGCAACAACACAGUGGAGGAGCUGGAGCAUCUGAUUGCGAUGGUGCAGAACGUGACGGGGGCGGGGGUUCAGCGCUCCUCUCCCCUCCAGCCCUCCCUGGGCCUGCCCGCCCAGCUCAUCCUGUGCACCCGCGAGAGGCCCAUCCUCUGCCUGCUGCUCAUGCUGGGCACGCUCUGGCUGGGCUAUGCCCUCUUCCUCAUCAAGAGGAGUCCGUUCCUGCAUGCCAAAGUGAGGGAGGUGGUGUCCGACUGCGCCCUGCCCAUCUCCGUCGUUGUCUUCUCAUUCAUCGGCUCCUAUCUUUUCAUCGAUAUUGAGCUUCCCGUUUUCAACUUCUACGACGGACCCAUCUUUAACGUGGCGUCGUUCGGGAAUCUGAGUGGCUUGAAUGCCCUGAGUGCCAUGGGCUUGGGCUUCCUGCUGGCUAUGCUCAUCUUUGUGGACCAGAACAUCGUGUCAUCCCUCACCAACGCUCCAGAGAACAAGUUGGUGAAGGGGACAGCCUACCACUGGGACCUGAUCGUGACGGGCUGCAUCAACAUCCUGAUGUCCAUGCUAGGGUUGCCGUGGAUGCAUGCGGCCAUCCCCCACUCCACGCUGCACGUGCGGCAGCUGGCCGUGGUGGAACAACGCGUGGAGGACGGACAUGUUUAUGAGACGAUCGUGAGUGUGAAGGAGACGCGUCUGACGGCGCUGGCAGCCAACAUCUUCAUCGGGCUGUCUGUGUUCCUGCUGCCGGUGCCGCUGCAGUGGAUCCCGAAGCCCGUGCUGUACGGCCUCUUCCUCUACAUCGCCCUCACCUCGCUGGAGGGCAAUCAGAUGUUCGACCGCAUGGCACUGCUGCUGAAGGAACAGACGUCUUAUCCUCCGACGCACUACAUUCGUCGUGUCCCCCAGAGGAAGGUGCACUUCUUCACGGCUCUGCAGAUGGCCCAGCUGACCGUGCUGUGUGCCUUUGGGAUGUACCCCAUCCCCUAUAUGAAGAUGAUCUUCCCCUUACUCAUUAUCCUGCUCAUUCCCAUCAGGAAUUUCGUCCUGCCUCGUAUAAUUGAUGGAAAAUAUUUGGACAUCAUCGACGCACAACACAUGUAAAUGAGAUGAAGUUAUGCUGGACUGACCAAAAAUUAACAAGUAUUAUGCUCUUGUAAAAAGUACAUGAGGAUAAACACGUUUUGUGUGUGUGUGUAAAUGCGGAGUGUUUUUAAGUAUUGUUUGGAUGACCCAUGCAGACGAAGAGGCUGAUGUAUGUAGAUAUAUACCAAAGGUCGAAGGUCAUCGUGUCUCUGAGUGGACUUUAUUUUAUAGUCACUUUUCUCCUUGUCAUCUUGCCAACCUGCCAACGUCAUAUAUAUGAAAAAAACUUGUUUUAUGUUGUCUUAUAUCUGAGUAUGCAGUCUCUUAUUGUGCCAAUGGAAUAAUGUAUUUUUCAGAUCAUGUGCUUUUUUGUUGUAACUGUGUAUGCAGAAACUUGAGUCACGGAAGCCUCUGUGUGCCUUAUCAAAAAAGUGGUUUUGUUUAGGUGUGUCUGUCUCUUCCUAACGGAAAUAAAUGAAGUUACGA